UUGUCUGCUCAUUCAAGAAACAAUCUUGGACACUCACUCCCUUCAUAAACUGAGCAUGAAAUGGAACAUUGAUCACAUGCUGUAGUCUCUGCAACUAACACUCUCUGUUCUAAAACAAUGGUUGAGAUGGGAGUUGAAGCCACUACUACAAGGGAAGCCAUUAAACCAUCUUCCCCAACACCUCCUCACCUUAGAACUUUCAAGCUCUCAUUUCUUGACCAGUUUUCUCCCUUAAUGUACUUCCCAUUUGUGUUCUUCUACCCUGCUACUGGCGAUCAAAUCCCGGUCGAGAACAAAAUUGCACUUCUUAAAGAUUCACUGUCAAAAGCACUGGCUCGCUUUUACCCAAUUGCAGGAAGGAUCAAAGAUGCUACCACCAUUGACUGUAACGAUGAGGGAGCUCUGUAUAUGGAAGCCAGAGUAAGUUGUUCUAUGAGUGAAUGUAUUAGUCCUCCUAAAAUGGAGUUACUGGAGAGCUUCCUUCCAUGUGAAAUUAUUAGCAAGGAGCCGCCGGAGGAGGUGGCGCAAAUAGCUGUUAAAGCUAACAUAUUUUCAUGUGGUGGGAUUGCGCUUGGCAUGUGUUUUUUCCACAAACUCAUCGACGCAGCCACUUUUACUGCUUUUGUGAAAGAUUGGGCUGCCAUUGCUCGCGAAAACUGCGAUAAGGAAGUGAAUGUCGAUAACACAGCCGCGACGAUUUUCCCACCAAACGAAGAGUUUUCACCGGCUUUGGCAUCAACCGGAGAGCUAUCCUCCAUGGCUAAAGAAGCGCAGGGCAGGAUUCAGAGGUUUGUUUUCGACGCAGCGGCUUUAUCGUCUCUCAAGGCGAAGGCAAGAAGUGAACAAGUCCCUAACCCAUCUCGCUCUGGAGCGGUAUCUGGGCUUAUUUGGAAAUCUGCCUUCAAAGCAUUCAGAGAAGCGUCUUCGGAGUCCCAAAUAAGACCGUCGCUGCUGACAUUUUCCAUCAAUCUUCGUCCCAGACUGAAGCCAUCGCUACCACAGCAUACAGUCGGCAAUAUUUUCUUGACAAAGACUACAUGUUAUGAUCCAACAACUGAGAAAAACGGUGAGGAACUACCUCACUUGGUCAGUCUCAUAAGGAAAACAGUGGACAAAGUUGAUUUAGACUAUUUGCAGAAAUUGCAAGGCAAAGAAGGUUACAAGGAGAUUCACAAGUCAUUAGAAGAAGAGCAAGCAAUGUAUUCUGACUCAAGAAAGCCAAUCAUUUAUGGAGUUGCAAGUAUGUGUACAAUGGGUUUCUAUGAAGCUGAUUUUGGGUGGGGGAAGCCUAUAUGGGUUGCUCUUGGUCCAAUUGUGAAGACAUUCUUGAAGAAUUUUAUUCUUCAGAAGGAGACGAGCUGUGGUGAUGGUAUAGAAGCAUGGGUGGUUUUGGAUAAGGAAGAAAUGGCAAUAUUUGAGAGUGAUCCAGAAUUAUUGGCAUAUGCCACCGUGAACCCAGAUGUGUACUCUUAGCUUAUGCCACUCUGUAUGUAUGGCUGUAUGCUUUGUUUUUUAAUGAAUAAUAAGAUUGGUCACUGAAAAAAUUUCAACAA